GCCCUGUGCGGGUCUCGGAACCGUCCGGGAGGAGGGGCGCGCCGGCGCCAGCACCCUCCUCGGGUCGGGGAGACGAUCAGGCGGGAGCGAGACCAGAGCCGCCCUCAGGGCCGGUGCUCCGAGGCUGAAGUCUGCAGAGGCCUUCAACAGCAAUCUUAAAUUCCACAAUGACCACCCUGCCCCCACUGCCCAUGACGCGCCCAAAGCUGACCUCCUUAGCCAGACAGAAGCUGCCAUGCUCCCCCAGAUCCAUGCCAAGAUCUCAAUUGAUCAAAGAAAAAGAUGACAUAGAUCAUUAUGUGGAGGUGAAUUUCAAAGGAUUGUCAAAAGAGGAGGUUGCUGCUUACCGGAACUCGUACAAGAAGAACAUCUGUGUGGACAUGCUCCGAGACGGCUAUCACAAGUCCUUCACGGAGCUCUUCGCGCUGAUGGCCAAGUGGGAUGACCUGAGGGAGGCUGCCAGACGUAGGUCCGUCUUCUGGUUGCAGAGACCCCUGGAGGAGCAGCCAGAUAAACUGGACCACCUGUACCACCACCUGACCAGGGCUGAGGCAGCUGAGAGGAAUGGGUACUUUGAAGAUGUCUACACUAACUUGUAUGCUCUGGCCUGUUACUUCAGUAAUCCUGAAGACAAGUGGGUGAGGAACCACUUCUAUGAACGCUGUUUUAAUGUUGCACAGCUGAUCAAAGUCGACGGUGGACGGCGAGAAGCCGAGGCGCACGCUCACAUGGGGCUGCUGCAUGAGGAAGAGGGUCAGCUUCUGGAAGCUGCUGAGCAUUAUGAAGCAUUUCAUCAAUUGACGCAAGGGCGGAUAUGGAAGGAUGAGACAGGUCACUUUCUCAACUUGUUGGCCUGCGAGAGUCUCCUGAGGACGUACAGAUUACUCUCAGACAAAAUGCUGGAAAAUAAAGAAUACAAAGAGGCCAUCAAAAUUCUAAUAAAAGCUUCAGAAAUAGCCAAAGAAGGAAAUGACAAGAAGAUGGAAGGACAAGCUACCUAUUUCUUGGGCUUAGCAUACUUGGCUUCUGGAGAUUAUGACACGGCAUUAACGGUCCUUAACACUUACAGUGAAAUCUCUGCAGACCUGGAUGAUGAUCUCAGCCUGGAGAGAGCCUAUGAGGCCAUAGCCAAGGCCCUGCAGAGCAAAGGAGAGAUGGCAGAAGCAAUCAAGUACUUGAAAAAAGUUGUGAAGAUUGCGAGAAACAAUUUUCAGUGCCUGGAUGUCGUGAGAGCAAGCACCAUGCUUGGAGACAUCUACAACGAGAAGGGAUACUACAAGAAAGCUUCGGAGUACUUUCAGCAAGCUUUUGACACAUCAGUAGAGCUGACAAGCAUGCCUCUUAUGGACGAAACGAAAGUUCACUACGGAAUAGCAAAAGCUCAUCAAAUGAUGCUGACAGUCUCUAAUUAUAUCGAGUCUGCGGAUCUCGCCAGCCUUAACUGCCUGUUGUCAUGGAAGGAGAAUAGAAGGCGCAUUGGUCCGGAUCCAUUUAUGGGAGAUUCUAGAAGAACCACACUUAGAAGUUUAUCUCAAGACUCAGAACAUUUGGAAGAAGAACUCAGUGGGUUUCCAGAUGAUGGAAAAAAAUGAGAUUUAAGUCAGCUUUUGACUCAACAAUAAAGCAAGAAGAAAUUUAUCGGGUCACCUUCGUCAUUGAUACCUGUAAUAGGAAUAUGUCACAAAUAAUAUGGAGUUCUAAUAAAAAUGAGCAUA